AGCUAGAGAACAAGGCAAAUCAUCAACCUCUGUACUUCAUUUUGAGCCUCCGAUUACCCUCCAAACUGAGAGUACAUAAUGACAACUUGUUUCUGCCUUCCCAAAACUAAUCCAGAAGAGACUUCUGUAAGCAAAAGAAAUGAUCGAGAGCCUGCUUCUAACACUAAUUCUAAUAAUCCCAAAGGAAAAGGAUCCAAAGCUUUCAACUUUCGGGGGAACGAAAUCUGCGACAACAAAGGUGAAACCGUCGGAGUAUUUAACUUCGGCAACAAGAAGACCGCGGGCUCCACUGACAAGCAGGAUAGCGGCUCCAAUCUUGUUUUCAACUUUGAAGAUAUUAAAAUUCAAAGGAACCAGGCCAAGAAAACCGUCGGAUUUUGUGACUUCGGCAACGAAUUGGAUGAUGCUGGAACAGAUUGGCAGCGCAAAGUAUAGAAGUUCUUCUCCUGAGAAUCCGAUCCUUAUAGUUAUAACUUUGAU